CAGCCCAGCCCGGCCCAGCCCAGCCCGGCCCAGUUCAGCCCAUUUCCUCCGGAGGCCUACGGAAGAAAGAGAAGUAGCCAAGCAUAAAACGCCUCUGCUGAACAAGAGCAGUAGCAGACUACAAGGAAAGAGACAAUGUCUUCUGAAACAGCUCAACCGGGAGGUCAGACACCUCCAGUAAAGCAGCCUGGAUGGCCAAUGUUCUUUUGUCCCAUGUCCCAAAUUCAAGACAGAGAGAUUGCAAAGAUCAUUAAAGAAUGCAGACAGGAAAGUUUCUGGUACAGAGCUCUUCCUUUAUCUCUUGGGAGCAUGCUUGUCACCCAGGGGCUAAUCUCAAAAGGCAUUUUCUCAGCAAGUCCAAGAUUUGGUCCAUUCCCCAAGAUGGCAAUUGCUGGUAUCUUGGGUUAUGCCAUUGGAAAGAUGUCAUACAUGGGAGAAUGCAGAAAAAAAUUUAAGAAAAUGGGUAUUGCACCAUUUGGUCCAGGAAAAAAAAGGAAGUGUCCUCAUACUUGCAAAGAAUGUAAAGCAAAAUCGGGAUCGAAUGAGAGAGAAGGUUCAAAUCCUUCAGCAACUUAGUGCCAGAUGUGGUGAACACGAUUAAAACCUUAUGGACCAUCUUCUUUCAAGGCGCUUUCCUGUAGAUUAGAAAUAAUAAUUUUGUGAUUCUAUCUCUUAGAUUUGAUAUAAAUUGACUUAUUUGAAAUAGUUGCAUAUUGUUUCAUAGUUUUAUUUGUACUAAAUACCAUUUCUUGGAAUGCACUUUUUGAAAUACACCCCUCUCUUUUCAGCACAUAUUG